AUGACUGAUUCGUCACCACGCGUUUGGAUCAUCGGCAGCUCGCUGAUCGCCAGGCUGCAGGCUCAUUUAGGAGCUUUUGGACUGGACCCGAACUUGGGGCUAAAUUGCCAGAUCACCUGGGAUGGCAGAGGGGGCAGAAGGUGGGAGCACUUAAUGCCUCUUCUCCGCUCGAAACGGGCUGCCACCCGCGACGACCCAGAUGUGAUGGAAAUUUCUCCAUUCAUCACCUCCCUGGUUAACUCCUCCCUGACAUCCGGCUGCUUCCCGUCAACCUUCAAGAAGGCCCUCAUCUCCCCCCUCCUGAAAAAGACUACACUAGACCCCUCCAUCAUUGGGAACUACAGACCGAAUGAGCUCCUCGAUCCCCAUCAGUCUGGAUUCAGACCAGGCCACUCGACAGAGACCGCACUCCUCUCUGUCAACGAAGCUCUCCACGCAGCCCGAGCAGCCUCCCUCUCCUCCGUCUUAUUACUUCUGGACCUAUCGGCAGCCUUCGACACAGUCGACCACCCCACCCUCCUGUCCUCCCUAUCUGCAAUGGGGAUCUGUGGCACAGUCCUCAAUUGGAUUGAGUCUUACCUCUCAGAUCGCUCCUUCCAGGUCUCAGCCCGCAUCACUGCCUGCCUGAGUGAUAUUCAGAGCUGGAUGGUCCGCCACCAUCUCAAGCUCAAUCCAGGUAAUACCAUCCUCACACCAUCACCCUCAACUAGAAACCUUGGCGUGGUGAUGGACAACAGACUGUCCCUCACCGAGCACAUUUCAGCAGUGACACGUUCAUGCAGGUUCUUCCUGUAUAACAUCCGGAGGAUCCGCCCCUUCCUCACAACUUACUCGACCCAACUCCUCGUCCAGGCAGUGGUCCUGUCCCGCCUGGACUACUGUAACUCCCUGCUUGCUGGCCUCCCAGCAUCAUCUAUCAGACCCCUGCAACUCAUCCAGAACGCAGCAGCGCGUCUGGUCUUCAACCUCCCCAGACAUUCCCACGUUACCCCCUGCUCACCACCCUCCACUGGCUCCCCGUGAUGGCUCGCAUCAAAUUUAAAACAUUAGUGCUUGCCUUCAAAGCAGCCAGGGGGUCAGCCCCUCCCUAUCUACGUCAACUCAUCAGACCCUACACCCCAGCUAGACCUCUCCGUUCUGCUGCCACAUGUCGCUUGGUCCCUGCCCCGGCUCGCACCAGCACCCGGUCACGCCUCCUGUCUGUUCUAGCCCCACGGUGGUGGAAUGACCUUCCUGUGCAAGUCAGAACAGCAGAGACCCUGGCCGUCUUCAAACGUAGACUGAAGACUCACCUCUUCAAGCUACAUCUCACCUCAUCACCCCCCACUACCCUCUAACAUCCAUUAAACCUCAACUGAGUAA